GGGAAGCCGGUCAGUUUAGCGGGCGGCGCUGGUUGAGUCUUGCCACGUCUGACCGGAGCGGAGCGGAGCGGCGCGGCGCCGGGAGCGGGAGUCAUGGUUUCCGUGAUCAACACAGUGGAUACGUCCCAUGAGGAUAUGAUUCACGAUGCACAGAUGGAUUACUACGGUACUCGUCUCGCAACCUGCUCCUCUGAUCGAUCUGUAAAGAUAUUUGAUGUUAAGAAUGGAGGUCAAAUCCUUGUUGCUGACCUGAGAGGCCAUGAAGGUCCUGUGUGGCAGGUGGCAUGGGCACAUCCAAUGUACGGAAACAUCUUGGCAUCUUGUUCCUACGACCGGAAGAUCAUCAUCUGGAAAGAGGAGAAUGGGACUUGGGACAAGAUGUAUGAAUACACAGGCCAUGAUUCUUCAGUCAACUCCUUAUGCUGGGCACCGCACGAGUUUGGGUUGAUUCUUGCAUGCGGUAGCUCAGAUGGUGCAAUCUCAGUGCUUUCGUACACGGGCGAUGGUCAGUGGGAAAUGAAGAAAAUCAGCAAUGCGCACACGAUUGGUUGCAAUGCUGUCAGUUGGGCUCCUGCAGUUUUACCGGGGAGUCUUAUAGACCAGCCCUCUGGACAGAAACCAAACUACAUCAAGAGAUUUGUGUCAGGAGGCUGUGACAACCUGGUCAAAAUUUGGAAAGAGGAGGAAGGUCAAUGGAAAGAGGAUCAAAAGCUUGAAGCCCAUAGUGACUGGGUUCGAGAUGUUGCCUGGGCUCCAUCUAUAGGGCUUCCCACAAGUACAAUUGCUAGUUGCUCCCAGGAUGGCCGAGUUUUUAUCUGGAUUUGUGAUGAUCCUGCUGGGAACACAUGGACGCACAAACUGUUGCACAAGUUCAAUGAUGUAGUAUGGCACGUCAGCUGGUCCAUCACUGGCAAUAUCUUGGCGGUCUCUGGAGGUGACAACAAGGUCAGCUUGUGGAAAGAAUCAGUGGAAGGCCAGUGGGUUUGCAUCAGUGACGUGAACAAGGGCCAAGGGUCAGUAUCAAGUGUCACAGACGGCCAACAGAACGAGCAAUGAAUGGAAAAGGAGCACUGCAGGAGUGGUGUUCCGUGUUGUAUAUUUGGCAAAAUAAAAUGGAUUCCAAGAAAACUGGGAACAAACGAAUAAAGUAUCUUGUGUCUGGAUCCUUGUACUGAUUAUGAGUGGGGUGAAAUGUAUUGCUACAAGGACUGCUGUCAUUCUGUAAGGAGGACCCUUUAUAAUUGCAACAUUCAGAGUGCUUCCAGGGAUCAUAAUGGAGGCUUUUAAAAGGAGGUGCUGUUUGGCCAAGUAGGCUGUGCUAGGAAUGAUCAUAAGGCAUUGUGCUAUAAAUGCUGUGUCUGAGGCACUUAAAUCAAGAACGUUGCUGCAGCGACUUGAGAGCAAGGUACAAGCCAUUACCUUGUCUAUCACCAUAGUGUACCUUCAGCAGAGCAGUAGAGGGAUUUAAAAGACAACUUAAUGGCCAUUGUACUGGAACCAUUGCAUGCUAUACUGGUGCACAAGCAGUGAGUCCAUGCUCUCUCCGUUCCAGAAAACUUUCUGAAGUGUCACUUGGAGAGGAAGGGAAGGUAUUUUCCAAUAAGUUAUUCCUGUCCACCAUGUGUCAACUAAUUCAGUGCAGCAUCUAUAGAGUUUGAGAAGCACUUCCAAGAUCUUAAAAACUGUUUUGAUGAUUCAAAUUCAUCAGCUGCUUGAAAUAAGAAAUGCAUUGCCCUCUAAAUGUUGCCCACCAGUCAAGACGCUUCCCCACUCUGGGCUCUCCUUACUACGUGCUCUGAUUGCAUUGCAGAAAUACCACCUAUACUCUCUCAGAAUUAAGGUGCCUGGAUUUAAUCAAACUAGUGUCUUCUGAAGUUUCCCAUUUUCCGGCAGGCUCAUGGAUGUGGACUCCUUUUUGUUCUGAUUAAGUUAAUGUACCCUCCAGCUGUAACUGCAACAUUUCCAUUUCAAAGCCCAUUUGCCCACUACAGACUGGUCUUAACAUGGUGUUUAAGACUAUGCAAGUGAGCCUUUGGCUCUAGUCCACUUUCAUUAGUAUUGUUGCAAAGUGUAAUUCAGACCAGAAACUACAGGAGUUGUAUACCGUGGGCUGAUUUUUUUUAAAAGCUCAUCACAAAGACGAGAAAUUAAGCCAUUUGAUUUGAAUAUUUGCCACUUGUUUCCUGUGAGACUCUGCCCCAUUGGUUUACAUAGAAUUGUUUAAUAAAUUGAUACAAUAUUGUUGCUUGAU